AUGCCCCCAGUCCCAGUCCCCGCUUCCUGCCCCCAGUCCCCGCUUCCUGCCCCCAGUCCCCAUCCCCGCUUCCUGCCCCCAGUUCCUGCCCCCAGUCCCCAUCCCCGUCCCCCCCAGUCCCUGCUUCCUGCCCCAAGUCCCCGCUUCCUGCCCCCAGUUCCCAUCCCGAAAUAUUCAUGCCCCCAGUCCCCGCUUCCUGCCCCCAGUCCCCGCUUCCUGCCCCCAGUCCCCAUCCCCGCUUCCUGCCCCCAGUCCCUGCUUCCUGCCCCCAGUCCCCAUCCCCACUUCCUGCCCCCAGUCCCCCCCCCCCGCUUCCUGCCCCCAGUUCCCAUCCCGAAAUAUUCAUGCCCCCAGUCCCCAUCCCCGCUUCCUGCCCCCAGUCCCCGCUUCCUGCCCCCAGUCCCCAUCCCGCCCCCAAGUCCCCGUCCCUGCUUCCUGCCCCCAGUCCCCAUCCCGGAAUAUUCAUGCCCCCAGUCCCCGUCCCCGCUUCCUGCCCCCAGUCCCCGUCCCGCUUCCUGCCCCCAUCCCAGAAUCCCCCCAUCCCCGUCCCCGCUUCCUGCCCCCAGUCCCCAUCCCCGCUUCCUGCCCCCAUCCCCGUCCCCUAUCCUGCCCCCAGUCCCCAUUCCCGCUUCCUGCCCCCAGUCCCCAUCCCGGAAUAUUCAUGCCCCCAGUCCCCGUCCCCCCAGUCCCCAUCCUUCCUCCCCAGUCCCCAUCCCCGUCCCUCCCGUCCCUGCUUCCUGCCCCCAGUCCCCAUCCCGCUUCCUGCCCCCAGUCCCCAUCCCGGAAUAUUCAUGCCCCCCCCGUCCCCGUCCCCCAGUCCCCAUCCCCGCUUCCUGCCCCCAGUCCCCGUCCCUGCUUCCUGCCCCCAGUUCCCAUCCCGGAAUAUUCAUGCCCCCAGUCCCCGUCCCUGCUUCCUGCCCCCAGUCCCCAUCCCCGCUUCCUGCCCCCAGUCCCAUCCCGGAAUAUUCAUGCCCCCAGUCCCCGUCCCUGCUUCCUGCCCCCAGUCCCCAUUCCCGCUUCCUGCCCCCAGUCCCCAUCCCGGAAUAUUCAUGCCCCAGUCCCCGUCCCCGCUUCCUGCCCCCAGUCCCCAUCCCCGCUUCCUGCCCCCAGUCCCCAUCCCUGCUUCCUGCCCCCAGUUCCCAUCCCGGAAUAUUCAUGCCCCCAGUCCCCGUCCCUGCUUCCUGCCCCCAGUCCCCGUCCCCGCUUUCCUGCCCCCAGUUCCCAUCCCGGAAUAUUCAUGCCCCCAGUCCCCGUCCCUGCUUCCUGCCCCCAGUCCCCAUCCCCGCUUCCUGCCCCCAGUCCCCGUCCCUGCUUCCUGCCCCCAGUCCCCAUUCCCACUUCCUGCCCCCAGUCCCCAUCCCUAUCCUGCCCCCAGUCCCCGUCCCCGUCCCCCCCAGUCCCCAUCCCCGCUUCCUGCCCCCAGUCCCCGCUCCCCCCCAGUUCCCAUCCCGCCCCCCAGUCCCCGUCCCUGCUUCCUGCCCCCAGUCCCCGUCCCCUAUCCUGCCCCCAGUCCCAUCCCGUCCCCCAGUCCCCGUCCUGCCCCCCCCAGUCCCCAUCCCCGCUUCCUGCCCCCAGUCCCCGUCCCUGCUUCCUGCCCCCAGUCCCCGUCCCUGCUUCCUGCCCCCAGUCCCCGUCCCUGCUUCCUGCCCCCAGUCCCCGUCCCAGGAAUAUUCAUGCCACCGCUAUUCCCAGGAGGACCUCUGGGAGCACCAAGCUCUGUUUGUCACACAGAUAGAGCACUGUGACCACCGUGCCAUGUCUCUCCUCAAUGGGAUUCAGCUCAUCUGUAUUCAAAGCACAGAUGGAGCACAGUUUGACUGGUGUACCUUGAGUCACAGCCCUCAUCCCCACCCCUCCUCCUUCUGUAUCCCCAUGUGA